AACCAGAACAGAUAUGUUUGCACAAAGCAUAGGGAAAAAACAUCUCAAUGGCCCAGGGAAAGGAUCAGUCGUUCGCCAGCCGCCUUUUUCACAGAUGUCGUAAAAGUAGCCAAGAGCACAGACGACAAGAAAUUGACGUGCCUCACAUCUCCGAGUUCACCAUCAUGUGGAAUAAGUUCAUGAAAGAGUUCCUAGCUAAAGCCAAAGAAGAUUUUUUAAGAAAAUGGGAGUGCCCACCACAGAGCACAACAUGCCUGGAUGACUUCGAUAGGUUCAAAACUCUGGGAACCGGCUCAUUUGGCCGAGUAUUGCUGGUCAAGCAUAAAGGAACAAACCAGUUCUACGCCAUGAAGGUCUUGGACAAACAAAAAGUGGUGAAACUGAAACAGAUAGAACACACACUGAAUGAAAAGAGAAUACUGCAGGCCGUUUCCUUCCCAUUUCUCGUCAGAUUGGAGUACGCUUUCAAGGACAACUCAAACCUCUACAUGGUCAUGGAAUAUGUCCCGGGUGGAGAGAUGUUCUCACACCUCAGGCGCAUUGGGAGGUUCAGUGAACAUCAUGCACGAUUUUAUGCAGCUCAGAUAGUCCUCACCUUUGAGUACCUUCAUUCCUUAGACCUUAUCUAUAGAGACCUGAAACCUGAAAACCUGCUCAUUGAUCAACAUGGGUACAUUCAGGUCACAGACUUUGGCUUUGCCAAAAGAGUAAAAGGCAGAACCUGGACAUUGUGUGGAACUCCAGAGUACUUGGCUCCUGAGAUCAUCCUCAGCAAGGGCUACAACAAAGCUGUGGACUGGUGGGCACUUGGAGUCCUUAUCUAUGAGAUGGCUGCUGGUUACCCUCCUUUUUUUGCUGAUCAGCCCAUUCAGAUCUAUGAGAAGAUUGUGUCUGGAAAGGUACGUUUUCCGUCACACUUCAGCUCCGACCUGAAGGAUCUGCUGAGAAAUCUGCUGCAGGUUGACUUGACGAAAAGAUUUGGAAAUCUUAAAAAUGGUGUGAAUGACAUAAAAAAUCACAAGUGGUUUUCCACAACUGAUUGGAUUGCCAUAUAUGAGAGAAAGGUUGAAGCCCCCUUCUUACCCAAGUGCAGAGGACCGGGAGACACAAGCAACUUUGAUGACUAUGAAGAGGAGGACAUUCGUGUCUCACAAACAGAAAAAUGUGCAAAAGAAUUUGCUGAUUUCUAGUCAGUGGAGUAGAGUCCCAUUAGGACUCACGUGUUUCGGCUUAUUUGCACUCUGCAAGGGAGUUAAGGUGGAACUGUGGCUAAUACAGUAUGUGUCCGAAACAAGUGCUCUGUUCUUUUGUUACACACGGC